GGAGCAGUUUUUUUAUCCCGCGGCAUGCAAGUUUGCAUAAUUAUAUCAAAGAUAUAAAAUGAUUCCAAGAGGAAGCGAGAGCCGAAGACGUAGAUUCGUCUGAUAGAUAAUUGCGAGUAAUGUACACGCUGAUAAUAUUCGACCUCGCGGUACCUUCGUGAAUGCCAACUACGUGACAAUUGCUGCGAUAAAUGAGCUUGCAAGACAGCCUGUUUUCCGAUGAUGUCGAGUACGACGUAACCAUCUUCGCGAAGGACAAGACGCGCAAAAGAGCGCUAGUCUUCCCUCCCGUCAAUAACUAUCGCCGUUUCAUAAUACAUCAGCUGGUGCAGGAUCGUUUCUCAGACCUGUUGCAUACAUUCUCGAUUGGUCAGGGCUCGGCCAGACGUACCGUGGUAUGCUACAAGAGCGAUGUGAGAAGAGUUUGGGACCCAAAACCGAAUGCUCUUGAGUGCAAAACGGGCCUUGUAACAAAACGAAGGGAUACAAUUGGCGGGAUGGAAGGCCGACAUUCGCCUUCAUCUCCGGAAUGCAAGCAGCUACAACGACAAGCUAAAUCAGUACCAACAGUCGAGAUAUAUAGGCCACCAGCAGCUAGGAAAGCUAGCAAUUCGCAAAUAAGUGGGGCGCAGACACAGUUGCAGUCAAAUAAUACAGAUUCAUCUUCGGUCAAGAAUGUACGGCAGAAACGACCCGAUCGUGCGGUUUAUGUACCUAGACAUCGAAGAAGUUUGGAGGACAGAAGAUCGCGAAAUUCUCAAGUUUCUUCUGCAAAUUAUACGACGUUAAACGGAGAUGCAAAUACAAAUAAUAAUUCUAGACUGCAAGAUACAUGCUGUAUUCGACAAAGUACAAGCAGUGACUCGAAUUUGGACAAUCGAAUCUCUGAGAGUCAUGACAUGAAGGUAGAAGAUGGUCACUUUCCGCGAGAAAACUCUGUAGUUACCUUGGACUCUAGGGUAAUCCCCGACACGCAAGAUAGUACUGAGUAUACGCAUAAAUUGUUGGAAGAAUUGAAAGAGGAUGUGCAAACUUUAUUGAAAGAAAGGGAAACCGUCGUAGUUGAUAACCCUAAUGAAAAUAGCGCUAAUGUAUCAAAAUCAUCUGACAAAGUCGAAAUUAAUGAUGAACUGAUAAAAACGACACAAGCAACCGUGAAAGAAAACCGAACCUUAGUGCAACAUUUAGAUUGUAAUAAUACGAUAGAUAAUGAAAAUAGGCAAUUGAUUGGACAGAACAUAGUAUCGGACAUUCUGAUAAUUUCUGAUAAUAUGCGAAAGAAACCGGAACGAUCCGAACAAGUCUCUCCGAUUCUUGUAAUACCACCCGAGAAAAAAGUGAAGAAGAUAGAAAGGCAAAAGAGCAAACCAGUUCCACCGCCGUCUCCACCUAUGAAAAUAAACCGAGAUGAAUGCGAUUGGGACAGUUUGUUCGAUGAUAAUGGCGAUUGUCUGGAUCCAACGUUGAUAGAAGAACUUACAUCGGCAGUAGGCGAAGUGACGAUAGAACAACCAAAGAACGAUUACAAAGCGUACAGCAAACAGGUCGAAGUGUCUAGUGAUGAGUUUGCACACGUUGUAGAAAUUUACAAUUUUCCCUCUGAGUUCAAGACUAGCGAUUUGGCUGCUGUCUUCAGUUCUUUUAAGAACGGUGGCUUUGAAUUAAAGUGGGUGGACGAUACUCACUGUUUAGGAGUUUUCAGCAGUCCUCUCAUUGCUGCUGAAGUAUUAGCAUCAAAUCAUCCGUUUGUGAAAACGAGACCUCUUAGUGAAGCCACCGCCUUGAGUAAAAUGAAAGCCAGAAGAACCGCAGAAUUUCUACAACCUUAUAGAAAUCGGCCCGAAACAUGCGCUGCUUUGGCCAGGAGAUUAGUUACAGGUGCAUUGGGCGUGAAACUUGCUACAGCCAGACAAGAACGUGAGCACGAGAAGAAUGUACUACGUGAAGCAAAAGAGAAGAGACGAUUAGCCAAUAAACAACGAGAGGAUGUCUGGGAAGGCAUAAUACCUGCGAAGUAACAUUACGCAUUGCUAAUGCGUAUUUACAGAGAUCGUUUAUACCUCGCUAUAUUACUAUGUGAUCUUUCACAAGAUUAUUACAUAGUUGGUGGCAUUGAUUCCCUUGAAAAUGCGUUCGUGACUACAUAAUUUAAGUAGUCCGCAUUGCAAGGCUCACAUACUGUUGAAUCUUUUCUAGGCAAGAACACACUACAUUACAUUGUGUUACACAAGUAAGGUACUUGCUGGAAUGAUUGAAAUCCCAAAUUUAAUUUUUAAGAGAAUCAUCAGAGUGCAUUACAGUUUUCCAUUUUUAUUGUUACAAAUACAAACAAUAUAACAAGUGUUAUUGCAUCCUAUCCGAUAUUAGGAUAUUUUUAUUUUUUCAAUAAAACAGAUCGAUAAAAAAAGAAGAGAAUUACAUAAUAGAUUCAUUAUUGCAACACUAAAAGAAUAUUAAUACUAAAAGAAUAUAAUAAUCUAUUAUUGAUUAUUAAUAUAUUAAUAAUCAGUAAUUUUUAUAUAAGGUUAAUCUAAAUGAGAAUAUUUUCAAUUCUGUUUUGAUUUUAUUUUUAUAUAAAUUAUACAGAUGAUGAAUCGUAAAAUUAUAUCUUGUUUAAUAUUAAAUAUAAAAUUUUUUUAAAUGUUGAUAACAUAAACAUGUUACACACUUGUAUUUAGUUUUUUAGUGUUGAGCAGUGUAGAGAAAGAGAGCGCUGCGUCAAAGUUGAAACACAUGUCACACUAUGUCAUCUGUAUAUUUUAUUGAAAAAUAUCCGUUAUUCACACGUUAACGAAUGUUUUAGAUUUUACAAUAAGAAAUUUGUAAUGCAUCUAUGUAUAUUUGUGCCUUACUCAUCUAUCCUCUUUAUAUUGGUAAACAGAAAAUUAAAUAGGUACAUACAUCUUUCUGAUUUGUAAAUUAAAAAAAAUUCGCAUUAAUUUAUUACUAGAUGAGUUUGGCAUGUAAAUAUUUUGAGAUUGGAAAAUAUCCAUUUAUCUCGAGAAAAUUAUCAAGACAAUAUUAUCAUUUUAGUGUCAUAAAGAAAAAACUACUGUAGUGAAGAAAAACAGUCAUUUUGUAUUUUUGUCAUGCAAGAAUUUAAUUUAUUUUUUAAUAAAUAUUAUAGUGUAAAGUCAUGAGUUUUUACAGAACUAAAACUGCAAAUAUCAAAAUUAUAAAUGUAGUGUGGUUUAUGCAUAUGUUAGAAAAAAAUUGGGACAACUUUUUUAUAUUAUCUUAAUAUUUGUCACAUAUUGUUAUGAGUUUAUACACAGCAACAUAUACAAUAAUAUAUAGUAUAGAAUAACUGCAAGACAAUAAGUGGCAAUAAAAUUCUUUCGCGCAUACAUCGAUUCAUCAUAGUGAUAUAUCAAAAUAUAUCUUUGCAAAGUUUUAGAGACCGAUGACACAAUAUUUUUACUGAAGAGAUAAUCAUAACAUAUAUAUCGCAGAAUAAAAAAAAUUUUAUAUGUCUGACUUAGGCCACUUAUAUAUUUGUUAUAUUUACAUAAUACAAAUGUUACAAAUCGACGCACAAUCACUUUAUCUAUUCAUAUUACAGAGUUGCUGAGUAUAACGAAAAUGGAUUGUAUUUUUAUAUACAGUUGUUACCAAUAUGAAAUAUGAAAUAAAGAUGUAUGUUGCCUAUCCCUAGUCAACAUAUGUACAUGCAAAGAUGUUA